AAGAAAGCAGAAAAAUUUUUUCCAAAAAAUUCCUGGGAAAAGAAAAAAAAAUGGCAACAUUAUUCAAUGAUAUUUAUAUACAAUUCUCUAUAAUUCUUUUAUCGAUAAUUCUUGUUCUGACUAUAUUGAUUAUCUAUAUUGUACGACAAACAUUGAUCAUACGUCGUGAAUAUAGAAAUAAAUUUGGUCUAAAUAAUAGCAAAAAUUCAAAAAAACAACAAGAAAAAAAUGAAGACAAUAAUGAUGAUGAUGGUGAUGAUGAUCGUUUAUGGAUCAAACGACAGAAAAGUCAUUCGUCUAUAAAUUAUGUGACGCUAGAUUCAUUACCCACGGAUCUAAGGCAACAACGACAACAACAACAAUCACAGGUUGAUCAUGGCAACGGAAUUGUCAAUCACCAACAACAACAACAACAACAACACAGCAAGAUCAAAAUGGUACACAGAUGGUGACAUUUUUGCAUCCUACCACCACUAAUAAUAAUAAUAAUAAAACCACCAUAUUCAUAAUCACAACGGUAAUGACAAUCAUCAUACAUUACCGAAACGUUUUCCAACACCACCACCAUCGGUAUCAAUGUCAGCAGUAGAUGUUCAUGAUUAUUGUCAUGACGAUAAUAAUGAAUUAAGUGAAUAUUGUGAACCAAAUCAUUGAAUGAUGAAAAAGAAAAAAUUUAUUAUCAUUUU